AUGAGACACAUAGUCGAUACCUAUUUUAAAAAAGCUGGAUGCAGCGACGAGCACGGUUAUGACACGAUGUGCAUGGUGUAUUUCACCUAUUGUGAGUUAACCGUCACACUGUUCCUCAUGGUUUCAACUAGCCUAUUGAUUGCCGACUCGACAGAAGACCUAUCCGUUCGAGCCUACAGUGUCCUAUGCUUUACAAUUGAAUUCAUCAUUUUUUCUUUCAUAAUCAUUAGGUACUACAGUCAGUCACAAUUCCGUGAUAUGUAUCAACGUUCGCGUGGAGUGGGAAUACCGGAAAGCUUAAGACACAAAAUUGCAACUGUGAUUAAACAUCACUUAAUCAUGCCGAACUUGUUCGCGGUAAUUUCCGUGUUAUACACGAUUUCGUCGGAUGCGGUACAGAUUGGCGAUCAGUUCACGUUCCCCUUAGUGGACGUGUUGCCGAUAAAAACGACAAAUGUGUCUAUUUACGUAUGCAAAUAUAUUUUAUACGCUUUGCCCGUAUACUUUGCAUACAUUGAAGUCAGUUUCUUAAAUGUGACGUACAUGUAUUCUAUGGGCAUUUUGCAGACUCAUUUUCAGAUUCUCGACGCACAGGUCAAAGAAUCAAUGACAAAUAUGGAUGAACAUAAAUUAAAGAUCGCCAUCAAACACCAUCAAGAGAUGUUGAAGUUUUUCAAAACAAUGAAGACAGUAUUUGAGAAACCAAUAUUUCUUUUUAUGGUAUCUCGUGGUUUAUUUAUUGGUUUAACUAGUUGUUUAAUAGUUCAAGUCAUACAGGGCUUCAUUCAUCGAAUAAUAUUGGGAUUAUGCUUACUUAGUAGUUUGGAAGGUCUUCUAACAAUUAUAAUUUAUUGCGUUUAUGCAAGUAAUUUGUACAAUUUACACGAUGGUAUAUUGAACGGACUUUUUGAACAUCGAUUAUUUUAUUCUCGAAAAAAAUCAUUUAAUCAUCUUAUAUUAAUAAUGAUGAACAGAGCAUCGAUUCCAUUAUUAAUUAAAGCUGGUUCCAUUUUCACCGUAAACUUAAAUCUACUUGUCAGAAUCCUAAGAUUUGCAUACACGGUGUUAAAUGUUUUACUAACUUCAAUCAAUCACCAACUUAUAAAAACAAAUUAA